AGAGUUCUGUGCCUCUCCCUCCACCAGUCUCUGAAGCAGCUGCUCCUGUGAAACUUUCAGUUGUGUCUGUUUCACGCUCCCUUUUCCGGAUUGUAGAAGCCAGGAACCUGGAGAUCAACUUCCCCUCCCUGAAGUACUGCAACAAGAGCAGGACAUUUCACAUGAAGUUGUAGGAAAAAUUCCUAGGGGUGCAAUGACGCAAAAUGCAGAACUUGUUAACCUGUCUUUCCUGUCGGAAACUGAGAGACAAUUCAUCUUGCAAGUACUGCAGAGAGAUGAGGAGCUUCGGAAGGCAGAAGAGCGGCGCAUCAGGAGGCUGAAAAACGAACUUCUUGAAAUACGGAGGAAAGGAGCAAAGAGGGGGAGCCAGCGCUACAGUGACCGGACCUGUGCACGUUGUCAGCAGAAUGUAGGACGAGUAAUUCCCAAAGCCAACACUUGUCAAAGCUGCAACCAUUUGGUGUGUAGAGAUUGCAGAUUGGAGUCGGCUAAUGGAAGCUGGAAAUGCAAAGUCUGCUUAAAAGAAGCGGAGCUGAAGAAGACAACAGGAGACUGGUUUUAUGAUCAAAGAGUAAACCGAUUUGCUAACCGACUUGGAAGUGAUUUAGUGAGGCUUUCUCUCAGACGCAAACCGCCAGGCAACAAAAGGGAGACAACAGCCCAAACGCUCCUAGAGCAUUCUCACGUCAAUGAAACUAAGACAAGAAUGGGACAGAGGAGUCCUCAACAAAGACCAAAGGCUUCUGGCUUGACAAAUUCUCCAGACCUUAGAGACCAAAGAAGUGACACAGAGUCCACAGAACAGAUGAGCCUAAACAGCUACAAAUCAGAUUCCAAGAAAAGCACUCCAACAACUUCAAGGAAGAACUCCCUGGAUAAAACUAGUACCUUGCAGGAUGGUAGAAGGAACCUUGGACCUUCUGGGGCCAACCUUGCCACCCUAACAGUUCCUGUCCGAUCUAGAGAUUACCACCACUCAGACUCUGAAGGAGAGACCCGUCUAGGGAGUAGAAGUGCAGGGUCAGCAGAUGAGAGUGAUAUGAUCUUUAAGAAGAACCCUCGUAGACUAUUGAAACCUUCAGAUUACAGUAAAUCUGUGGUGGAUCUGCGUCCUGAAGAGAUGCCACCUGAGGAAAAAUCUAUGGGAGAUCGAAGCAAGUCUGUCCCUGGGCUUAAUGUAGAAAUGGAAGAGGAAGAUGAAGAUAUUGAUAACUUAGUGGAAAUUCAUCGGCUGACCACAACAAGAAGUAGCCUUCGUAGCGGGACAUCCACGAGCACUAUGGGGAGUAUGAUGAGCAUUUACAGUGAGGCUGGGGAUUUUGGCAAUGUGACUGUCACCGGAGACAUUGUGUUUUCUCUGAAAUAUGAUGCAACAGUGCAGGUUCUCUACGUUAAUGUAAAGGAAUGUCGCAAUCUCGCCCAUGGUGACGAUCUGAAGAGGAGAUCCAACCCAUAUGUCAAGGCUUAUCUACUGCCUGACAAGUCACGUCAAGGAAAGCGCAAAACUACAAUUAAGCGCAACACAACUAACCCUGUGUUUGUGGAAGUCUUUAAGUAUGUAGUUCCAGAAUCUAUGUUGCUCUUGAGAACGUUGCAGCUGUCUGUCUGGCACCAUGACCGCUUUGGAAGGAACACCUUCCUAGGAGAAGUGAAUCUCCCAUUGAAUUCCUGGAACUUUGACAUCUUGGCCGAUGAAUGUCUUCCACUGCAUGGAAAGAAUAGUGGAGAUAAUGGAGGUUUCACCAACUACAAAGGUGAAUUAGUUGUCUCAUUGAAGUACAUCCCACCUUCCAAGGUCCCUGGUGGAAGUGAGAGGAGAAAAAGUAAAACAGAGGAUGGAGGAGAACUCCAGGUUUGGAUUAAAGAAGCUAAAAAUCUUACAGCUGUCAAGGCAGGAGGAACAUCUGAUAGCUUUGUGAAAGGGUAUCUUCUUCCAAUAAAAAACAAGAAUACAAAGAGGAAGACCCCUGUUGUAAAGAAGACCCUGAAUCCUCAUUACAACCAUACAUUUGUGUACAGCGGGGUAAAACCUGAUGACCUUCAGAACGUUUGUCUGGAACUGACAGUCUGGGAUCGGGAACCACUGUCCAGCAAUGACUUCUUGGGUGGAGUGAGACUGGGUAUUGGAAAUGGCUUGUCCAGUGGGCAGCCUGCAGACUGGAUGGAUUCCACUGGUGAGGAGCUGAGUCUGUGGCAGAAGAUGAGGCAAUAUCCGGGAUCCUGGGCAGAAGGGACCUUGCAGCUCCGUUCCAGCAUGGCUAAACCAAAGUAAUAAGUACCAAGAAACAUAUUCUAGAUCCCUUGACAAGAAUUGAGACUCAAAUCAAAGAAAAUCCCUUUGUUAUUUUAAUGCACUGUAUAUUAUAACGGCAAAGAUGAAUCAAUGUAUUUUAUUAAAGUCUAAGAAUAAGAACA